GCUCCUUCCCCGCCCCCGCCUGCUGCCUUCCCUGGGCAGGGGGCUGCUCCACCAGAGGGGCACUGUGCUUGCCCAGGGUGCUGGAGGAGGAAACCGGCGAAGCAGCUUCCCCACUCUCAGUUGCGCGUCUGGCGAUGGCGAUCAGAGGUCCUGCUGCGCUCUCCGCUGCGCUCUCCCUCCAUUAGCCGCGCUGCGCCGCGCUGCGCCCUCGCUGGUGCCUCUCUCUGGGUCCUGGGAUCGGCCCCCUUUUCAGGCUCGACCCCCUCCCCCGGCCCCUCGGCCAUCCCCCCCACUUGGCCAUCUCCGAUCCGGGGCGCGCGUUCCCCCCGGCCCGGCUCUCUCUCUCCCUCCGGGGGCACCCGCUCCCUAACCCCGGCCCGGCCCUCCCCGCGGCGCAGCACGGAGUCUCGGCGUCCCAUGGCGCAGCCCACGGCCUCGGCCCAGAAGCUGGUGCGGCCGAUCCGCGCCGUGUGCCGCAUCCUGCAGAUCCCGGAGUCCGACCCCUCCAACCUGCGGCCCUAGAGCGCCCCCGCCGCCCCGGGGGAAAGAGAGCGCCAGCGCGCUGAGCAGAGAGACCGGGAGAACGAGCCGUCGCCCGCCGACCGGGAGGCCCCGGAGCCGGCCCAUGGGGAGCAGGCACCCGGCGCUGGCCACGACGACCGCCGCCGCCCGCCCCGCGCCCGGCCCGUGAAGCCCAGGGACCCGCUCUGGGAGAGCCCCAUGAGGGCAGGAGAGUGAUGGAGAGUACGCCCAGCUUCCUGAAGGACACCCCGAUCUGGGAGAAGACAGCCUCUGAGAAUGGCAUCCUGGGACAGGAGCGGGAGAUCCCGCUGGAAGAUGGCCUACACCGCGGGGCGCUGUGCCUGGGAGAGCCUGCGCCCUUCUGGAGGGGUGUCCUGAGCACCCCAGACUCCUGGCUUCCCUCUGGCUUUUCCCAGAGCCCCAAGGAUGUGCUCCCACUGGUAGAGGGUGAAGGACCCCGGAAUGGAGAAAGAAAGGCCGGCUGGCUGGGCGGCAAGGAGGGUCUGCGCUGGAAGGAGGCGAUGCUUACCCAUCCACUAGCGUUCUGUGGGUCGGCGUGCCCACCUCGCUAUGGCCCUCUAAUUCCUGAGCACAGCGGUGGCCAUCCCAAGAGCGAUCCUGUGGCCUUCCGGCCCUUGCACUGCCCUUUCCUUCUGGAGACCAAGAUCCUGGAACGAGCUCCUUUCUGGGUGCCCACCUGCCUGCCACCGUAUCUAGUGUCCAGCCUGCCUCCAGAGCGUCCGUGUGACUGGCCCUUGGCCCCACACCCCUGGGUGUACUCAGGGGGGCAGCCCAAAAUGCCCUCGGCCUUUAGCUUAGGCAACAAGGGCUUUUACCACAAGGAUCCGAGCAUUCUCAGGUUGGCAAAGGAGCCUUUGGCAUCUGCGGAACCUGGGUUGUUGGGCUUAGCCCCCAGUGGGCAUCUCCAGCGAACUGGAGGCAUAGAACGCCCCUCAUUCCACCAGAGGGAUGCAGAGGCAGGAGUUGGCAGGCAUGCAAAUCUUUGCCCACUUCUCCUGGGGCACCCAGACACUGUUCCUCGGGCCCCCUGGGGAACUUGUCCCCCAGGCCUGGUCCAUACUCUUGGCAACUUCUGGGCUGUACCAGGGAGUGGAAGCCCCGGGUACCAACUGGGGCCAUCAAGCACACCGCGGUGCCCCUCUCCCGGGCCUCCUGUCACCCAGGUGGGUUGCUGUUCCUCCCACCCACCUGCUAGGGAUGAAGGUCUUAGUCCUUGUGGGAAGUGCCAGGAGGAUGUGGAUGUGGGCACCAGUGGACCCAGUGACUCCAGCGAGGACGUGAACAAGACUGCCGCCCCCAGAGCCUGCCCCCCCAGCCAUCACACCAAACUGAAGAAGACAUGGCUCACGCGACACUCGGAGCAGUUUGGGUGCCCCGGCGGCUGCACUGGAGAAGAGAGCACGGCAGUCCCACUUCGGGCUCUCAAGAGGGCAAGCAGCCCUGAGGUCCAGGGGACAGUGGGCAGCCCAGCCUCCAAGCGCCCACCUGACCCUUUCCCAGGCCAUGCGGGGCAGGAGGCCAGAGGCUGGCAGGAGGUGCCGGAUCCGUCCUUUGGGAACAAGGUGGAGGCGGAACAACAUGCACAUCCCAGAGGACCCCGAGAUGGCAGGGCCGGUCUCCAGGACCCCGGACUUCAGGAUACAACUUGCGUGACCUCUCUGGCGGGCAUCACUCAAUGCCAAAGCUGUGGCCAGGCAGCUGGGGAGGCGGGAGGGCUGGCCUGCCACUCCCAACCAGUGCCGAGAUUGCCUCCGGGAGGAAAACAGCAGCAGGAGGAAGACCCAGCAGUCAGCCCUGCAGAGGCCCAACUCAGCAAGGGCCUCGCCAAGCACCUGCUAAGUGGUUUGGGGGAUCGACUGUGCCGUCUGCUGCGGAGGGAGCGAGAGGCUCUGGCCUGGGCCCAACGGGAAGCAGGCCAGGGGCCAGCCAGGACAGAGGACAAUCCAGACAUUCCACACUGCUGCAGCCGCUGCCACCAUGGACUCUUCAACACCCACUGGAGAUGCCCGCGCUGUGCCCACCGGCUCUGUGUGGCCUGUGGUCGUAUGCUGGGAGCUGGGAGGGCCAGGGAGAGAGCAGGCACUCAGGAACAGUCCACUGAUGAGUGUAGCCAGGAGGCCGGGCACAGUGCUUGCUCCCUGAGGCUCACCCAGUUCAUCUCCAGCCAGGCUUUGGCAGAACUGAGCACGGCAAUGCACCAGGUCUGGGUGAAGUUCGACAUCCGGGGACACUGCCCCUGCCAAGCUGAUGUCCGGGCGUGGGCCCCUGGGGAUGGGGGCCAGCAGAAGGAGCCGACAGAAAAAACAUCCCCAACUCCACAACCUUCCUGCAAUGGGGAUGCCAACAGGACCAAGGACACCAAAGAGGAGGCCCCAGACUCCACAGAGCCCCCAGCAGAAGACCGCGCCAGCCGAGGGCCCUUGCCUUGCCCCUCUCUCUGCGAACUGCUGGCCUCUACCGCUGUCAAACUCUGCCUGGGGCAUGAGCGGAUACACAUGGCCUUUGCCCCUGUCACCCCGGCCCUGCCCAGCGAUGACCGUAUCACCAACAUCCUGGACAGUAUCAUCGCGCAGGUAGUGGAACGAAAGAUCCAGGAGAAAGCGCUGGGCCCGGGCCUGCGGGCUACGCCUGGCCUGCGCAAGGGCCUGGGUCUGCCCCUCUCCCCGGUGCGGACCCGGGUGCCUCCCCCUGGGGCUCUGCUGUGGCUGCAGGAGCCCAGGCCUCGGCGUGGCUUUCACCUCUUCCAGGAACAUUGGAGGCAGGGCCAGCCUGUGUUGGUGUCAGGGAUUCAGAGGACAUUGCAAGGCAACCUGUGGGGGACAGAAGCCCUUGGGGCCCUUGGAGGCCAGGUGCAGGUGUUGAACCCCCUCGGGCCUCCACAGCCCACAAGCCUUGGCAGUGAAACCUUCUGGGAGGGAUUCUCAAGGCCGGAAACUCGCCCCAAGUCCGAAGAAGGCUCUGUCCUCCUGCUGCACAGAGAUCUGGGCGACGAGGACACCAGCAGGGUGGAGAAUCUGGCUGCCAGCCUGCCCCUCCCAGAGUACUGUGCCAGACAGGGGAAACUCAACCUGGCUUCCUACCUCCCACCGGGCCCUGUCCUGCGUCCACUGGAGCCCCAGCUGUGGGCAGCCUACGGUGUGAGCCCACACCGUGGGCACCAGGGCAUCAAGAACCUCUGUGUGGAGGUGACUGACCUGGUUAGCGUCCUGGUAUGUGCUGAAGCCCCUCUGCCUGCCUGGCACCGGGCACAGAAAGACUUCCUCUCCGGCCUCGAUGGGGAGGGGCUCUGGUCUCCAGGCAGCCAGGUCAGCACCGUGUGGCACGUGUUCAGGGCUCAGGACGCCCAGCGAAUCCGCCGCUUUCUCCAGAUGGUGUGCCCGGCCGGGGCAGGCAAUCUGGAGCCCGGUGCCCCGGGCAGCUGCUACCUGGACGCAGGGCUGAGGCGGCGCCUGCGUGAGGAGUGGGGUGUGAGCUGCUGGACCCUGCUGCAGGCCCCAGGAGAAGCUGUGCUGGUGCCUGCGGGGGCUCCCCACCAGGUGCAGGGCCUGGUAAGCACAGUGAGUGUCACUCAGCACUUCUUGUCCCCUGAGACCUCUGCCCUCUCUGCUCAGCUCUGCCACCAGGGACCCAAUUUGCCCCCUGACCGCCGCCUGCUCUGCGCCCAGAUGGACUGGGCUGUGUUCCAAGCAGUGAAGGUGGCUGUGGGAACAUUACAGGAGGCCAAAUAGGGGGGCUCAGGUCUGUGGGCUAGGGGUGGGGGGCAGGUGGACCAGGAGCUUAGCCCAGUAAGCUUCAGCGGAGAAUGUGGGUUGUUUGGAAACUUCCAGUCAAUCCCAUGAGCACCACUCUGGGCACAAGUAGGGCACUCCACUCCCCACUCCUGACCUGGACCCUAAAACCAAGUGCCACUGAAGCUCACACCUGCCCUUCACAGGCUGACACCAGCCCCGCCUACCCCUUCUCUGUGGUACCAGGCCCACACUGGGAGUGGUUGAUUCCCACCCUUGCCCCUCAUAACCUAGGAAACAAACAGCCCUUCCUUGGGAACGUGGGGAUCAUUCUGCAACACCUUUUCCUGCUGCCCGCCUAGGCUGUCCCCCUGUGCCCAGCUCUGGUUACACAACCUGCAUCCUCACAGGGCUCCCGGGAGACCCCAGGCAUGGUAGGGUGCUGGACAAGGGGCCAAGGAAACCCUGCUCACUGACCAGAGAGCUGUGCAGUGAGGGGAGGGGGUGUCAGAGGACUCUCCAGGUCUGGCCUGAUGUGGCGAUGACAUGGGCAAUUCCAGCUGUCCCUGCUCCUCCUCUGCCCUGCGCCUCCCUCCUUCGCGAUUUCCAUUAAAGUCUGUUGUUUUGUGAACGCUGCAGUGUGGUGGGCCUGCUCCUGCAGGCCACAGGGACUGGGACGGGGCAGGUGUGGAAGUGGAGCAGGUAGAGGGUCUGGGCCAGGGUGUCAGGGACCUCAAACACUCCUGCCUGACCUUCUUCUGGGGUCUCUGCCCGCCACUGAGAGGCUGACUCUGAGGAUGACAGCGACAGCCGGCAAGACAGAACCCUGGACAGCAGCUAUGGGGUCCCUAUGCAGCACCGCUACAGAGGCCUGGAGGCCCCAACCCUUCCAGCAAGCCCCAGGCCACGCCAUCUCUGCCAUCUGACCUGAGCUGGAGCUGAGGUGGACCCUUGGCCAGCCCCGACUCACCUCCCCAGUCCAGCCUGGCGCCUGAGAGGACAGCCCGCCCCUUCCCCAGGGCCCUUCUGGUGUGGGUCUCCUGUCCGUGUACAUCUCCGCCCCCACAUACCCUGGCUCUUGUUACACCUAACUGUUCUGCGGUGGUUCAGGGAAUGUUUUUUAAUGAAAUAAAAACAAAUUUUUAUAACGUAAUAUACUUUUAGAACCUUUAGAAAGGAAAAGUCACCUGCAAGCCCAGCUCUACUCGCCCCCCACCCCCCCAACUC